UUUCAAUUUUGAUGCGCGUGCCGUAUCCCGCGCCCCUGCCCUGCCUCCCUCUCCGCCGCAACCAUUUCCGCGGAAAAAACCCACCACAUCACCCCGUUCGCACGACAGAUUCCCUCCCCAACGCUCCUGUGCUAGGUCUCGCUCGCGGGAUCUCUCGCGCCUCCUCCCUCCCCCGCCUCCUCCGCCUCCGCUCCCGCCGGCAGCCGCUGCGGGCGCAGGCGGUUUCAGAGAGGCUUCAAUCCGGUGACGCUCGCGCCUCCGCGUCCUCUGCUCUUAUGAGCGCCGAUGCAAGCCAAUAACAAUCCACCAAGGGUCAACUGGCAGCAUCAUGCAAAUGCUAUUGAAGGCUCCUCUAGCAAAGAUGACUUUCUGAGUUCAAGCUUUCUGUUCUCUUUGCCAACUCAAAGGCCUAACCCAGAAGCAAACCGCGAGGGGAUGCUUUCUCUAAGGUCCUCUGCUUGUAAAAUUCAAGGCACAGAGCGUCUUCAAGUUCCGUGGAUUGAGAAGGCCUGGCGUUCUCUAUGCAACACUCAGGUUGCCUGCAGGAGCUAUUUAAGACCUGGUUUAUCUGCAAAAGUGAAAGACUGCGAUAAGGGUCAUGCUCGCAUUUAUGGAGAAGGCUCAUAUAACAUUAACAAGAUGGAAACUGUGCCAGGAAAUAGGAUUCUCUCUCAGGAAAGCACGCACCGACCCUGUGAAAGUGGUUCUGUGGAGAACAAUAGCAUCCAUCAGCCUACUGGCAUUGACUCCUCUACAAGGACUUACCAGAGCAACCAUGUGGUGCAGACAGAUAUAAUGAGAGCAAGAAAUCAGUACAAUUAUGUAAGAACCGAUGCUGGACUACACCAGGCUGCUCCAGUUGCUGAUAGCAUGUGCACUGAUGAUAAAUUAGAUGCCAUGGAUGAUGAUGAUAUUCUGGCGAGUAUUGAUGUGGACCGAAUAGUUAUGGAACAUUAUCAAGCAAUGAAUACACCCAGAGGAUCCGCAUCCCAAAACACGUCAACUCCACCAGGAAACAAGUGUAAUUUCAAUGGCAUUGAUGAGACCAAUUUACCACAAGAACUCUCUGAAUUAUGUAACCAUCAGUGCAAGUUAGCUUUUUGCCCAAAGGCAAUGGAUCACUUGCAGGAGAUGAAGAAUGAGAUGAUUGCAGUAGCCGAUGAGCUUCUUGAUGAUGAUGGUAAACUCAACCUUCAACGUUCCGAAGAGCUUCGUAAAAAACGAUUGCAUCUUAAGAAGCAGAUUCAGCUACUCGAGGAGUAUAUGGCAAGGUCUUCCCAGGAUGAAGAGAGACAGAGAUCACACUCUAUGGCAUCCACAGCAGCUAUACAGGGGCAUCUCCCACCUAUGACCCCCGGAAGCACUUUUAUGAUGGAUAGCAGUAGGUUCCAGUCUCAGGUUUACAUCAGAAAUGGGCCUGGGAAUAGUGAUUUAUGCUAUUCUCCCGCUCCAUAUUCCUGUUCAGAUAAUCUAAGCAUGCCAUUACAUUCUGUAUGGAGAGAAUAUACCCCGAAGGUUAUCGAUACCAACUACACUGAAGGUUCUGCUGAUAAAAGAUGGAGUAGUACUAAUUUCCCAUGGACUAAGGAACUUGAGGCCAAGAACAGAAAUAAGUUUGGAAACCGUUCUUUCCGUCCAAACCAGCGAGAAGUAAUCAAUGCCACAAUGAGUGGGAAUGAUGUUUUUGUUUUGAUGCCAACUGGUGGUGGGAAAAGUUUGACAUAUCAGCUUCCAGCACUUAUUAGUGAGGGCUUAACGUUAGUAGUUUGCCCUCUUGUCUCACUCAUCCAAGACCAGAUCAUGCACUUGUCACAGGCAAAUAUUCCUGCAACUUAUCUGAGUGCCAGCAUGGAAUGGCCUGAACAGCAAGAGAUCUUAAGAGGCUUAAUGUCAUGCCACUACAAGUUGUUGUACGUCACUCCAGAGAAAAUAGCUAAGAGUAAUUCGCUGACGGGACUAUUGGAUAAUUUAUAUUCACAAGGGCAUCUUUCUAGAAUUGUUAUUGAUGAAGCUCAUUGUGUAAGCCAAUGGGGUCAUGACUUCCGACCUGAUUACAAGAACUUAGGUGUUCUAAAACAAAAUUUCCCCAAGACACCAGUCCUGGCCUUGACUGCAACAGCAACUGCUAGGGUUAAGGAAGAUGUCGUGCAAGCUUUAGGCCUUGCAAACUGCAUUGUUUUCAGACAAAGUUUUAAUCGUCCAAAUCUAAGGUACCUCUUAAGGCCCAAGACAAAGAAAUGCCUUGAGGACAUUGAUAACUUUAUCCGCACAAAUCAUUUUAAAGAAUGUGGCAUCAUAUACUGCCUUUCAAGAAUGGAUUGUGAAAAAGUGGCAGAAAAACUAAGGGAAUGUGGACACAGUGUAUCACACUACCAUGGUAGCAUGGAUCCUGUGGAUAGAACACGUGUACAGAAGCAAUGGAGUAAGGAUAAGAUCAACAUAAUCUGUGCUACAGUUGCAUUUGGCAUGGGUAUCAAUAAACCUGAUGUUCGCUUUGUUAUUCAUCAUUCGCUGCCCAAGUCAAUUGAAGGAUAUCAUCAGGAGUGUGGACGUGCUGGGAGAGAUGGGCUACCUUCCUCUUGUUUGUUGUAUUACCAGUAUUCUGACUAUAUUCGGGUCAGACACAUGCUUACACAAGGAGUUGCAGAGCAAACAGCACCACCACGUGGAAGCUAUUCAAAUUCAAAUGAGCAAGCACUUAAGACACACAAGGAGAAUCUCCUGCACAUGGUCAGUUACUGUGAAAACGAUGUGGAUUGCAGACGCCUACUUCAACUGAUCCAUUUUGGAGAGAUGUUUGAUCCUUCACGUUGUGCAAAAACCUGUGAUAACUGCUUGAAAGAGUUGACAUGGGUUGAGAAAGAUGUCACCAAUAUUGCUAGGCAGAUGGUUGAGCUGGUCACAAUGACAGGGCAGUCACAUUCAUCUUCUCACAUUCUUGAAGUUUACAGAGGGUCUGUGAGCCAAAAUGUCAAGAAGCAGCGUCAUGAUGCUUUACCUCUUCAUGGAGCUGGGAAGCAUCUAGCUAAAGGUGAUGCAGCAAGGAUAAUGCGACAUUUAGUAACUGAGGGAAUACUUAUUGAGGAUGUGAAAAAGAGUGACAACAUAUACGGAUCAAUAUCAUCUGUACUAAAGGCUAAUCAUUCAAAAGCUAAUGAGCUUCGCUCUGGCAAACACAGCAUUGUCCUGAAGUUCCCUGCUCCUGAUAAGGCCUCCAAGAUGGGGAAACUUGAUGCAUCAUUAUUUCCACAAAUCAAUAAGACCGUUCAGCAACAAAGUGAAGUUGAUGAGAACCUUUCAUCGAUGCUCUUCGAUGCUUUACUUAGCCUUAGGGAACAGAUAAUGGAUGAGUGUAAUGAAGGAUACCAUGCGUACCACAUAUUCAAAAAGGACUCGCUGAAGGAAAUGAGCAUCCGAGUACCAAGGACAAAAGAAGAGCUCUUGGAGAUAAACGGCAUCGGCAAGGCAAAGGUCAAGAAGUACGGGGACCGUGUGCUGGCAACCAUCGAGGACUUCCUCAGCAAACACCCAAAUCCAAGGAGAAACAGCAGCGGCAGCGGCAGCAACGAGCACACCGAGGCCAAGAAGCGAAGAGGCUUCACUGCCAGCUACGCUGGAAGCAUCGCCGACGAUGACUUCGAAGAGCGCACGGCUCAGUCCAAGAAGCGCGCGGCGAAGACGCGGAGCACCAAGCAGGGGGUAUCUGACGCCACGAGCAUGGUCCACGGCGCCCGCUGUAUGGACGCUGAUCUGGAUGGAGUUGAGGUGUUGGACGACGAGCUGUGCAGCAUUCAGAAGCCCGUGGCUUCUGGCAGGGUUCUGCCGAAGUGGGCGCCGGCCAAAGCCAAGGGCAGCAGCGUUCCUCCUUCUAACUUAUUCCAAGAAUUUGGAUACGUGAAGUAAGCAUUAUAGGUACCAGUAGGAAUGUAGGAUUGGCCAACUAGGCCACUUGUUAGGGAUCUUGCACAUUGCAAUCUCUUCCACCUAGCUUCAUCCAGCACUUGUGAUGGAAGCCUUGUAAAAAAUGUUAAAUGUAAGCUCCACUGAAGUAAGGGAUAGACUAAUGGUGUACAGGAACUGUGCCUUGUACUUCCGGACUCGGUUUCAUCUCUUGUUAUCAUGUCUGGUGCAUGAGAGCUUAGUAGCUCACUGAGUUUACAAGUA